GAAAACGACUGGUGAAAACUGGGUAGCUGCUGUGAAGGGAGUUAGCAAGCUAGCAGGCUGUGUAAGGGGGAUUCAGGCUGGGAGAGACGGAAGAACAGACGGACAACAAAGAACGGGGUUUCGCUGCUUUUAUUAAACUCGCCGAGCAUAUAUAAUUUUAAACGACCCCCGUUGAAGCUAGCUUCGUCGCUAGCUUUGUUAUUUAUCCGUUUAUCAUGGAGCUGCGAGUAGGAAACCGAUACAGACUGGGACGGAAAAUUGGCUCUGGAUCCUUUGGUGACAUUUAUUUGGGCACAGACAUCUCCGUGGGGGAAGAAGUAGCCAUCAAGCUAGAAUGUGUGAAAACGAAGCACCCACAGCUGCACAUCGAGAGCAAGAUCUACAAGAUGAUGCAAGGAGGCGUCGGUAUCCCAACAAUCAAAUGGUGUGGAGCAGAGGGAGAUUACAAUGUGAUGGUAAUGGAGCUGCUGGGACCCAGUUUGGAGGAUCUCUUCAACUUCUGUUCUCGCAAGUUCAGCCUAAAGACUGUUCUUCUGCUGGCUGACCAGAUGAUCAGCCGUAUCGAGUACAUACACUCCAAGAACUUCAUCCACAGAGACGUCAAGCCCGACAACUUCCUUAUGGGCCUGGGGAAGAAGGGCAACCUUGUUUACAUCAUUGACUUUGGCCUGGCCAAGAAGUACAGAGAUGCUCGCACCCACCAGCACAUCCCUUAUCGCGAGAACAAAAACUUGACUGGCACUGCUCGCUACGCUUCCAUCAACACCCACUUGGGCAUAGAGCAAUCCAGACGAGAUGACUUGGAGUCUCUUGGCUAUGUGCUCAUGUACUUCAACCUGGGCUCCUUGCCAUGGCAGGGUCUGAAGGCUGCCACAAAGAGACAGAAGUAUGAGCGAAUCAGCGAGAAAAAGAUGUCCACUCCUAUUGAAGUCCUGUGCAAAGGAUACCCAUCGGAGUUUGCCACAUACCUCAACUUUUGCCGCUCCCUUCGCUUUGACGACAAGCCCGACUACUCUUACCUGAGACAGCUCUUCAGGAACCUUUUCCACAGACAAGGCUUUUCAUACGACUACGUGUUUGACUGGAAUAUGCUCAAAUUUGGUGCAAACAGAGCGGCAGAGGAUCCUGAGAGAGAGCGGAGGGAUCGAGAGGAAAGACUGCGACAUGGGCGGAAUCCUGCGGCCCGUGGCAUGAUGCCUUCCAGCUCAGGUAGACCCAGAGGAACCCAAGAGGUAGCACCUCCCACACCCCUCACGCCAACCUCACACACAGGAAUGGAGCGAGACAGGAAGGUCAGUAUGAGAUUGCACCGUGGAGCCCCUGUCAACAUUUCCUCCUCUGAUCUAACUGGUCGACAGGACACCUCACGCAUGUCCACAUCACAGGCUCUCUCUCGUGUCACCCCAAGUGGCCUGCAGUCUGCCGUACCUCGAUGAGACCCUCCACACGCCUCAAGAGCAGACCAACCACGACCCUGAUCUGCACUAGGACAUCUCCAGCAGCCUCUAACCAUGUGAAAUCAACCUCAGCAAAUCAAAUUGAAACGAGACUUCAUUUCCUCUUUCCUCUCAAUGCAAUUAAACACACUUGAGAGUCACGCAAACUCCAGAGAUGGACAGAUCUUGGUUUUCUUUUCUUUUUUUCCCACACACACCACACACACAUUUCCUUACCUACACUACUCCAGACACAUGGGCACAACAUUUGUGCUUGUUAACUUCACUUUUUGUCAGACAAUCGCUGGCAAGAUGGGAGGGACGGGACAGGGCGGGGUGGGGUGUGAUUCUCCGCAAAUACUGCCUUCGGCCCUCUGACACAAAUCAGGAGGAGAGGGCCGUCCUGCCGUCCAAGGGCCUCUUCACAAACCAAGCCAUGUACAGUGGCUCUCAUAGCGUGAUGCACCCUCUCCUGUUGCAAAAAAUUACUUUUACACAGCUUUGAAAUGCAGCUGUACUGAUAGCCAUUGACAUUUUGCAUACCGUAAUCUUUUAUUUUUGUCUUUUUGUUUAUGUAUAACCGAGAUUAAAUUGAUUUCACACUGGCUACAGUCUUUUGCAGGUGAAUCUUUUACUCUUUUUGUUAGUUUAAUGAAAUGUGCAGAAUUAAAUAGAAAGUUUGAAAGCCUGUUCGUUCAUGUGGCAGGAUGAAGGCAGUGUCCUUUUUAUGUCAUUUUAUUGUAGUUUAUCAUGUGGAAGGCCAGGCGGAGAAGCAUACAGCAAAGGUUCAAGUAGUCAUACCCACAGUAUCACCAAUUGAUUUUUAGUUUUUGUUGCACCAACCAACCUGGCCCUCUUUAUCAACUCAUGUUUUUUGCUCAUUGAUUUUAUUGCAUUCCCUUAUGCUUUUCUUUGGUUUCUCAAAAGCUGUGAAAUGCCUGUAUUGUAGAGUUAUUAAUGUUGAUGUUUGUUUCUUUUAACCCCCCUGAACUAAGCUUUUACAGUAUCGCAGGCACACGUGGUUGGGUCAAGACUCUUGACAGACAUUUAAAGCAGGAAGUCGAAUGUGAAAAGUGCUUCUUUUUUCUGACCCGAGGGUAUAGAUAUGAACAACUUGGGGCAUAUGUUGAGAAAAGCGGGCAUGUUUUCUUUUAACAUUUGUGUUUUUGGAUUUGGAAAAGGAUGUCCUGAGCCCAGCAUGUCUCAUUGAGAAUACACCAGCCAUCAUUUAAGCCAUGGAAGAUUUGUUUUUGAUUUUCUUUUGACUGACACUUUUAACAAUUGAGAUGCAAGGUUUUGUUUUUCUUUAGCUUUAUUUACUGAGUAUUACCAGUGCUUUUAGUACUACCUUUCCCUUGUUUCAGAAGUGUGGUUCCUUGACUUACUGGUGCUAUAAGUCACAGGACGUGGAGGGCGAGCUGCCUGUCCGUAUCACCCAGCAUAGUAGAGCGUGGGCUUUUUCUGUAGUCGUGGGAUGGGGUGGGGGGUGGGUUGGCUAGUGGUGGAACUCUUCAAUUCUGUUGUCAUGUAUAUAGGAUGUUUCUAGUGAUGGCAAUGUACCAUUUUUCAUAGCCACUGUCUGUCUGUGUGUGUGUGUGUGUAUUGUGAGUAUGGGGAAAAGGCUAGUGCUUAGAGAGGUGCAAGGGAUUUGUUCCAUUCUAGAUUUGAUAAGUUAGUAAUUCUUUCUCUCCACUGGUGGUCUCACAGAAACAGCCGCUCCAGUACUGGUGGUGUUUAAAUGUAGGCACAAGUACACUUUGUCGGGGAUCGAGCUAUUAUGGAUUUCUCAAUUUCAUUUUCUGGUUCAUUCUACACGCGACUGUUUGGCCAGUCCUUCUGCAUCACACUGUGCUGUAUCAGGUGGAAAUAUGGAAAUCUUCCUUCCCUGGAAGAUUUCUUUCCUCAUUUGUAUUGCCACUGUAUUUGUGUAUUUUAAAAUGUGUAAAUAAAUUAAUAAGUACUUGU